GGACUGGGGAUCCCGACCAGUCCUGACUGCACGGGUGGCGCGGCUGCGGGGUGCGGGGAGCAUGGUGCGCGGCAGGAUCUCCCGGCUCUCGGUCCGGGACGUGCGCUUCCCCACGUCGCUUGGGGGCCACGGCUCAGACGCCAUGCACACGGAUCCUGACUACUCAGCUGCCUAUGUCGUCAUAGAAACUGAUGCAGAAGAUGGAAUCAAGGGGUGUGGAAUCACCUUCACUUUGGGAAAAGGCACUGAAGUCGUUGUCUGUGCUGUCAAUGCCCUUGCCCACCAUGUGCUCAACAAGGACCUCAAGGACAUUGUUGGUGACUUCAGAGGCUUCUAUAGGCAGCUGACGAGUGAUGGGCAGCUCAGAUGGAUUGGUCCAGAGAAGGGCGUGGUGCACCUGGCGACAGCGGCUGUCCUCAAUGCGGUGUGGGACUUGUGGGCCAAGCAGGAGGGAAAGCCUGUCUGGAAGUUACUUGUGGACAUGGAUCCCAGGACGCUGGUGUCCUGCAUAGAUUUCAGGUACAUCACCGAUGUCCUGACUGAGGAGGAUGCCCUAGAAUUACUGCAGAAAGGUCAAGUUGGUAAAAAAGAAAGAGAGAAGCAAAUGCUGGCACAAGGCUACCCUGCUUACACCACCUCGUGCGCCUGGCUGGGGUACUCAGAUGACACGUUGAAGCAGCUCUGUGCCCAGGCGCUGAAGGAUGGCUGGACCAGGUUUAAAGUAAAAGUGGGUGCUGAUCUCCAGGAUGACGUGCGAAGAUGCCAAAUCAUCCGAGACAUGAUUGGACCAGAGAAGACGUUGGGCCGUGUGCGGGGCCUCAGCAGAGGUGUUAGCGGUCUCACUUGGCUGUUGGUGGCACUGAGUGACAGCAUUUCUUCCCUGGGAGCCACAGCCCUGCCGCGAGGUUGGCUCAGAGCAGACCUCCCUGUGAAGAGUCUCUUUUUGCAGAUGAUGGAUGCCAACCAGCGCUGGGAUGUGCCUGAGGCGGUGGAGUGGAUGUCCAAGCUGGCCAAGUUCAAGCCAUUGUGGAUUGAGGAGCCAACCUCCCCUGAUGACAUUCUGGGGCACGCUGCCAUCUCCAAGGCACUGGUCCCAUUAGGAAUUGGCAUUGCCACAGGAGAACAGUGCCACAAUAGAGUGAUUUUUAAGCAACUCCUACAGGCGAAGGCCCUGCAGUUCCUCCAGAUUGACAGUUGCAGACUGGGCAGUGUCAAUGAGAACCUCUCAGUAUUGCUGAUGGCCAAAAAGUUUGAAAUUCCUGUUUGCCCCCAUGCUGGUGGAGUUGGCCUCUGUGAACUGGUGCAGCACUUGAUUAUAUUUGACUACAUAUCAGUCUCUGCAAGCCUUAAAAACAGGAUGUGUGAGUAUGUUGACCACCUGCACGAGCAUUUCGAGUAUCCCGUGAUGAUCCAGCGGGCUUCCUACAUGCCUCCCAAGGAUCCCGGCUACUCAACAGAAAUGAAGGAGGAAUCUGUAAAGAAACACCAGUAUCCAGAUGGUGAAGUUUGGAAGAAACUCCUUGCUGCUCAAGAAAAUUAAGUGCUCAGCCCCAACAUCUUUUUUCUUUCUGAAGUGAAAAGGCUUAAAAUUUCUUGGAAAUCGUUUUACAAAAAUGGAUUUUAAAAAAUCCUACCAAGAUUAGUUCAAUGAAAAGUCAUACCACCCUCAGGAAUCAGCGAAGUAAUUAUUACUUGAUUCUUUUAGCAAAUCAAUACACAUUAUCCUACUUAAUACUUAAAUAAGUUUAGAUUUAACUAACCCAAAGUCCAGGAAGAUGUUCUUACAAAAUAUCUAUCAAGGGCUGGCACCUAGACAUUAAACUGUACUUUGAAAAUAAGCAACAUGUUGCAUAACUUGUUGGAAUAAUUCUUUGUUCUAUUUAACACUUGUCAUAAAUUAGCAGAAUAAAAAUAGUCGUGCAACACCAGGGGGUAUCUGGUACGCAGUGAAGGGAAAAA